AUGGAAUGCCUGCCAGACAGUGACAAUGUCUUCGGUCCUUGUAUUAACCCCAACUGUCGUCCAUUCGAUUUCACACUACUGUUUGAGGAUGGUUUCUUUGGAUUGCUCCUAGCGGCCCUGUUCCUGGUUCUGGUUCCCCAACGACUGCAUUUCCUUCGCACUGCCCAGGUCAAACUGGGCUUGUUCCGACUGGCAAUGGCGAAACUGGGUUUUUAG